AGCGUCAAGAUUAAAAGAUCGACAUGCAGUGCAUCCUCGGGAACAUUGAACAUCUCUCACGAUGAUGAUUCGUGCUCUUGAAAUAGUGCUCCUUUUUACAUUUGUCGCAACCCUUUCAGGGUUGCCGACUGAAGUACCAGCCCCGGAGGUAAACACUCACGAAGAACACACGUUGUCAACCGAGUUACAGCCGCCGCCGUUGGACGAGAAGGAACACCAUGCCACAGUCUACAUAAUUAAUCUGUACGCUGUAAAAAACAGCAGCGGCAGAACGUCAGAGGAAGUAUUUGAAAAUGAAAUCAUCGAAACUGUACCUGACAUCUUAGAGCCCUUGGCCACUGUUUUCUUAGUGGUGGUAGAUGAAGAUGAAGAAAAAGAAAGACAUUCACCCGCCAACCUCGACGAAUUCGCGGCAGAAUUGGAAAGCCAAGGUUUCAAGAUCGACAAGAUCGACGUAGACAAUAAGUCGAAAGUGCUCAGAAUGGAAUUGGAAAAGACAGAGGCGCAGAGUAUGAUAGACUCGGCUUUGAAGCCAGAUUUUGAGAAGAAAGCUAAUCGACAAAAGAGAACGAUCUGUAUGAAGUGCGGAGGAUACGGAGGAUACGGAGGUGGAGGAUAUGGAGGAGGUGGGUAUCCUAGUGGUGGCGGCGGAGGUGGUUACUGUCCUACUUGCGGUGGCGGCGGAGGAGGUUAUCCUAGUGGUGGUGGACAUGUAGCAGUUGUACCGGUUGUAAUAGUACCAGUACCUCGUCGUAUUACAGGAGGAGCAGGUCAUUAUCGUAGAGGCGGCCACGGACAAUAUUAUCCAAGCGGCGGCGGCGGCGGCUGUAACACCUGCGGUGGCGGCGGCGGCGGCGGCGGUUCGUAUUCCCAAUCUUCUGCUCAAGCUUCGGCCUCAUCUUCUUCUGGAAGUUGGGGAAAAAAAUGAACAAAGCAUAUAUAAAUAAUCACAUAAACAUAUUACCAUUAAUGAUUUAUGCUGCCUUCAUCUUCGAUUCUACAGUAUGUAAAAUUUUUCAAAUACUUCGUAUCAUCACACAAAAACACUUAAUAAGACUCUCAAAAUAUUGUAACGUAACAUAUUCUUUUGUACAACACACACUUGUAUUGGCGCGUUGUUAGUCGUGAAUAAAUAAGAAAAAUUAAUAUAAAAUGUA